AUGGGAGUUCAGACAAUGUCGUCCCACUCCCACGGCGACGACGGCCACCGCGGCCUCCCGCGGCAGGGCUCCGUCUACGGCCUCACGCUCACCGAGGUGGAGACGCAGCUGGGCGAGCCGCUGCGGACCAUGAACCUGGACGACCUCCUGCGCACCGUGCUCCCGGCCGCACCCGCCGCGGGCCCGCCCCCGCCCCCGGCGGCCAAGAAGACGGUGGACGAGGUGUGGCGCGACAUCCAGAGCGUUGCCGGCGGCGGCGGCGCCCGCCAGCCCUCCAUGGGCGAGAUGACGCUCGAGGACUUCCUCUCCCGCGCCGGCGUCGCCGUCGACGCCGCCCCGCAUUGGAUGCACCAGUACCCGCCGCAGCAGUACGCGCUGCCGCGGCCCCUGCCGCUCGGCGCUGCCGCCCCCGGCCCGGCUCUGGACGCCGCGUACCGCGGUGACCGGGCCGGGGUUUUCCUCUCGCACUCGCAGGUGGCCGGCCGGAAGCGCGGCGCCGCGGCGGCCGUGGCCGAGGACGGCGUCGUGGAGAGGACGGUGGAGCGGCGGCAGAAGCGCAUGAUCAAGAACCGCGAGUCCGCGGCGAGGUCCCGGGCCAGGAAGCAGGCGUACACCCACGAGCUGGAGAACAAGAUCGCCCGGCUGGAGGAGGAGAACGAGCGUCUCAGGAAGCUCAGGAUGCUGGAACCACUGGAGCCGCCACCGGAGCAGGACGAGCGGCUGCCAUUGCCGCAACCGGAGAGGAAGCAGCAGCAACACCACCACCACCUCCGGCGAACGAAUUCCGCCAGUUUCUGA